UGGGCAAACACACUGACUCCAUCUCCUCACUGCAGGUACGUUGUGCAUUCUGAGGCUCUCCUUUGUCUCAUAUUCAUGUGAAGUGAUGUGAGUAAUAAUUCAGUUACACAAAGUUCAGUCUGUAAUAUUUGUACAUUGGCUUCAUUGGGCCACAUUGGUACAUUGGGUCUUCAAGUCUGGUUUGAGUGAUUUAACAGGAAUGUAAAACUGUUUUAAGUUCAUGACAGAACUGGUGCUGUCAGCCGGUGGGAUAGGUCAGUUUCACUGAAGUGGAACUGUAGACUAGAAGGUCCCAUCUAUCAUAAAUGGCAUCGUCCCAAUUCGGAGAAGCAAACAGGAGUGCUGCCAGGCCGGCCAGGGUUGAUUUAAGGCCUGUGAUUAUCCUCCUUCCUGUAUCGCAGGAAUGUGAUGCUAAACACAUGAAAAUACGUUUCUUCAGGCUCCCACAAAGGAACACGCUAACACAGUUUACAGUGAGCGCUAACUCAGUAAUAAUAAAGAAGUGUCACUCUAUGCUGAUGAUGUUUUUGUGUCCAUGAUGAAAUGGUUGCAGAAGAAGUCCCUACAGUCUCUGAGCUCUCAGUCAUGCAGUGUGGUGAAGCGCUCCUCCUGCUGCUCUCAGGUUAUGUGGUCGUUUGCCAGUUUCAGUCUGGUCAGUGCGACAGACAGUUCCACUUCGUCACGCAGUCAAAGACCUGGACCGAAGCUCAGCUUUACUGCAGAGAGAAGUACACCGAUCUCGCCACCUUCACCAGCAAAGACAAAACCAUGGCGGCCCAACAGCUGGUGGGGAGUCAAAAGUUCUGGAUCGGACUCUUCAGGGUCUGGAAGUGGUCUUAUACUGGAACAGGUAAAUCAACCUUCACAAACUGGGGCCCGGGCGAGCCUGGUGUGGAGAAGUGUGUGACAGUAUCUGCACUGGGAAUCUGGUCGACCAGAGACUGUUCAGAAGAGAAGCACUUCAUCUGUUACAGCGGUGAUGCUGGCCGUUACAUCCUGGUGCAGGACUCGAGGAGCUUUUACGGCGCUCAGUCCUACUGCAGGGACAGGUACACAGAUCUGAGCACCAUCAACAGUGUGGUGAACAACACGGAGAUCAUGACUCUGCUGGCGUCAGACAUUUAUGAUGGUUAUUCAAUGAAUGGAAGUAGAUCGCUGAUUCCCUCUUUGUCACUUGCCUGGAUUGGUUUGAGCAACAGCUGGGAGUGGUCUGAUGGGAGCGACAUCCAGUUCCUGCCUCUGACUUUGCAAUCAGCAGAUGGGGACUGUAUGAUGGUGGACCAGUCAUCAUCAUCGUGGCUUUUCCAGCCAUGCAACAAUGCCCACCCCUUCCUCUGCUACCAGGAUGUCCAAACUCCAGUGUUGAAGCGCAGCGUGAAGGUUUGGCUGAGAGCGGGAUCUGCAGACCUGAACAACCCCGCAGUGCAAGAGUCCAUCCUGAAGCAGGUGAGGGAGAAGCUGGUGGAGCAAGGAGUCACUGAGGAGGUGAAGCUGAGGUGGAGGACGCAGCCCGAUGGGAAGGUUUUCCACAGAGAGGAGGAGACAGCCGGUUACUGUGAGGAGGAAGACUGUGGGUCGGUUUAGUCUGCACACCAGGAAGUGACAUCAUCUGUUUAUUCAUUAUAAUUGGCUGAUGUUUCAUUGAUAAAUCAAUUACGUCUUUUAAUCUUUAGAAGUUAUCUGACUGACACAUAUCAGUAGUUAGCUCAUAAAUUAUUGUGUAUAUUAGGGUUAGUAAUCGAGUACAUGUAUGUGUGAUGUUUGAAAAGUAAUUACUCUGUAGAUUGU